AUGCUUUUUCGUAUCAUAUCUACAAAUGCACAGCUGGGACUAAGGCCCGUAAUCCUACUGAAAGUUCGACCAAACAAAGGAGGAUUAUUGGCGCCCUCCAGUCUUCAGCUGAAUAGUAGCUCUGCGAGUCUGUAUGCAUUGAAUCAAGCUUUAACGAGGUCUAAUUCUAAUGUAUCGAAUGGAAAUAUUCAAACACCGAAGCAUCUGAGUUCUAAUGUGGAUGCUUUUCUUGCCAAGGCACAGAGGGACCCCCUCUUGCGAGAUGUUAUUGACAGUGAAAGGGAAUCCAAAUUGCACUAUUUUCAAGAGCAGUUAAAUUCAGCACACCAGUAUCGGACUCGAAAAGAUCUUGAUGGAAAAAGGGCUUUUGCUAAUACGGUACAGAAUGUUUUCAAUUUAUUUGAUGACAAGGAACUCAGAGGUUCUUUAAACUCAAAAGAUUUAUUCCAGUAUGCUCAUCUUUUGAGCUUUUCAGUAUAUCACAAUAGAACCUCAAGACUUACGGGAUCUAAAAAUAGAGAUAGUGACCAAUAUCAUAGCGAAAAUUUGCAUGAUGAGCUCUUGCUUAAGUCUGCUGUUUUGAAUACGUCUGAUAUUGUUAUGAGUGGUGAGUUAAACAAGAUUUUAAAUGCUAACAUUUUACUGUUUGUAUUUUUUGCAAUGUUACAAUUUCUGAUGCAUCCAGAAAUGAUUAACUUAUGGGAAAAUGGAGUUACCGACAAUGAGGUGGGACACUUGUAUUUAAACGAAAAAAUAUUAGCUGUAAUUCUUCCUGUCGCUUUUGACAGUAAGAAGUUCAGUUAUGAAGAAAUCUUACACAUCUACGAUUUAAACACCAAAGAUAUUGAAGUUGUAUAUCAUGAACUUUUAACUUCGAUUGGGAAGAUUGCCAUUCGUGCAGGGGACUAUUCUCGUGGUUUAGAUUCUUUAGAGUCUUUGUUGCAACAAUUUGAAGCUAGAUCAAAGGAUCAAAGAAAAGUGUUAUCUUCCUUAGGUGAUUUGCACUUGAGUUUUAUUGGCUCUUGUAAAGAUAUAAAAAUUGCAAGGCAUUUUUUUGAUAAAGUGAUCCAAUUCGAUUUACCAUAUCCUGUCAAAUUAAAAGUUCCUCAUAUUCAAUCUUUAUUAGAGAACUGUUAUGAAUCAGAUGAACCAUUUGAUAAUAUUUUAUACUUUUGGAAGUCAACAAUAAAGCACUAUCAAAAUGAAAACAAAGGAAUGCUGUUAAAUUCUCGUUAUUCGAUAUUAAAUAACACAUUUUUCCAGAUUUUCUUUAAAAAAUAUCCAUCUAUGAACGAGGAAUCUUUUGAAAAAUUAAAAGAAGUGAUCAGAGUUUUCUCCGAAAUUAAGCCAAUCGACGAAGUGUUCUUGAAUACGAUCAUCGGUAACUAUUCUUGGGGAGAUAAGGCUGUUUUUGAGCAGUUGGUAUUGAACUAUUCCAUUUACAAUAUUCGUCGUACCCCUGUUUCUUACAGAAUAUGCCUCAAAAAGACAGGAGAUAUACCAGAUUACACAAAUGAGGAAAUACUUGGCAAAUGGAAUGAAUCCUUAAAAAAUUUGGAUGAUAGUAAGUUCACAUACAUCCCAAUUGCUGAUUGGGCUGCAUUGCGUGAUUCCACUAUAUUAUCCCCAAAAUCUUCUGAGAGAAAGGACCUCUAUUUGUCGAUUGUACAGAAGUAUAAGGAUUACAUCCAAGAUGAAAGAUCGUGUGUCAGGUUUAUAAGAAAUUGGAUGAAAAGACCUGAGCAUUUUAAGGAUUUGGCUCUGUUGGCUUUAGAUAAAAAUCCCGAAAUUAAAAACUUCAUUGAAAUCGACAUUCCUCAUUUCAAUCUGCUCAGACCGUGUAUCAACUACAAUGAUACUGUUAGCAAAGUAUUGAACAAUAAUUAA